AUGGAAAAGGAAAAUCAACUUCAUAAUAUAGAUUCUAUUAAUUCUGUUUCUACAGGUAGCAGAAAUAAUGCUGCCAACGCUUUAAAGGUAGCUGAGGCUGAUUUAAAAAUCGCUGAAGCUGGCUAUAAGCCAGAGUUGCGUCGUAACUUCACUAUUUGGUCCUUAUUAGGUGUUGGUUUUGGUUUAACCAACUCUUGGUUUGGUAUCUCUGCUUCUUUAGUUACUGGUAUCUCAUCUGGUGGUCCAAUGUCAAUUGUUUAUGGUAUCAUUAUCAUUGCAGUUAUCUCAACUCAAAUAGCUAUAUCCUUAUCCGAAUUAUCAAGUAUCUACAACUCUGCUGGUGGUCAAUAUUACUGGACUUUCCAAUUAGCUCCUGAAAACUACAAAAGAUUCUGGGCUUACAUGUGUGGUUCAUUAGCAUGGGCUGGUUCGAUCUUCACUUCUGCUUCUGUUACAAUGAGUAUCGCCACUGCUGUUGUUGGUAUGUGGGUUCUCACCAAUGGUGACAGUACCUUCGUUGUUAAACAAUGGCAUGUCUUUAUUACCUAUGAAAUUUUAAAUGUUCUUUUAUCUGUUUUCAACGUAUACGAAAAACCUUUACCCCAUUUCUCUAAAGCUGCUCUUUACACCUCAUUGGGUUCCUUUGUAAUUAUUACUAUUACUGUUUUAAGUUGUUCUUCAGGUAACUACCAACCAGCCAGUUUUGUUUUCUCUGAGUUCGAUAAUGGUACCGGUUGGUCAAGUGCAGGUAUCGCAUUUAUUGUUGGUUUAAUUAAUCCCAAUUGGUCCUUUUCUUGUUUGGAUUGUGCUACUCAUAUGGCAGAAGAAAUCAACAACCCUGAUACUUUAAUUCCAAUUUCAAUUUGUUGCACUGUUGCCAUCGGUUUUGUAACAUCUUGGUUUUAUUCCAUUGCCAUGUUUUUCAGUAUUAAUAAUUUGGAUGAUAUUCUUAACUCAAAUACUGGUGUCCCAAUUUUAGAUAUUUAUUAUCAAGCCUUGGGUAACAAAGGUGGUGCUAUUUUCCUAGAAUGCUUGGUUGUCUUGACAGCUGUUGGUUGUAAUAUUGCAUCUCACACAUGGCAAGCACGUCUUUGUUGGUCAUUUGCAAGAGAUAAUGGUCUUCCAGGUUCCAAAUACUGGUCAAUAGUUAAUGAAAAGACAAAGAUGCCAGUUAAUGCUCAUUUCAUGUCAUGUUUCUGGUGUGCUGUCGUUGGUUGCAUUUACAUGGGAUCAACCACUGCUUAUAAUAGUAUGGUCACCAGUUGUAUUGUCUUCUUAUUAUUAAGUUAUGCAGUUCCAAUUAUCUGUUUAUUAUACAGAGGUAGAGACAAUGUUCCUCAUGGAAAAUUCUGGCUAGGAAAAUUUGGAUUAGUUGCUAAUAUUGUUACUUUAUGUUGGACACUUUUUGCAGUAGUCUUCUAUUCAUUCCCAAUGACAAUGCCAGCAACAAAAGAUAAUAUGAACUAUGUUUCAGUUAUUACUGUUGGAUUUUGUGCUUACUGUAUUAUUUAUUGGUUUGCUAGAGGAAGAAAAGUCUUUACUAGAUUCGAAGACAGACAAAAAGAAGCUGAAGUUCUUGGAACAGUUUUAUCAGCUAAAAUCACUCAUCUCUCAGCGGUUGCUAGUAGAUCUGGUGCAAAUGUUGAUUUUGAAAAGAAAGUAGAAUAG